AUGCCAUCGAGACAGUCCACUGUUCCGAAUUUAGAUCUUAGCACUUCCACUCUGCAGGCGGAUGCGAAGAUCUCGUCUCCACUGACGCCCGGUGCCCAAAGCUCCGAGGGGCCAAGUCCCCUGACACCCCGUUCCCCCAAGUCAUCAUCGAGCUCGCCCUUUUUCAAAGGGGCCACUAUCAGACCCGUCACACAAGAUUCAAACAGCAAGUCGAGUAGCCCUACGUUCCCAGCAACCUCUCCGGGUAUUGCCCCUGCGGAACCAGCUACUCCGGGUAUCACGGCUAUACCCCAGUAUCCUCCUUCCCCGAAAGACACCCCUAAGCACACGCGUGAUCAGUCACGCUCUUUCUUUGCGAACCUCAAAGCACCCAAGUCAUCACAUAGGGCCCAACGUUCGGAUAGCUCAGGGAAUUCGGGCGAAAAGCCCAAGAGCCGCGGUAGUUCCAGAGAUCGCAAGACUCAGAUCUCAACAAAACUCUACGAAUCAACUCCUGAUCUGCCAGGCGCUAUUGAGCGGGCAGCUCAAGAAGAGAACCGUGGUGAUCGUGCUGAGGAGAAGUGUCCCCAACCAGCAGAGGUGAAGAAGGUGGGUACGGAGUCGGACGCCUUCAAUCUAGCCAAGAAGAACAAGCCACGCUUCGCAAACCUUCUCUCUCGCUCCCGCUCGAUCAGGCUGGACGACUCGUCUAUGAACAGGAUAGCACAUCGGCGCCCAUCCACUAGCCUGAUGAGGCUGGAAGAAAACACCCGGAGGGAGGUGCAAGAGCCCCCGAAGACUGCCCCACGUCAUGAGCGCAAUAUAAGGACGGCUGGGAAUCCUACGGCUCGCAGUUAUCCCGCCGACCGACCCGCAGAAUAUCAUAACGGCCACAUGCGUAAAGAUAAAUACUAUGCUGGAUCGAUGGUUCCGUCCGCCUCACUAAGCCAGGUGUCAGGCGCAUCCGCUGCGCUAUUCAAUAACCUCAAACAACAGUCAAGUGGUGCCGCUGAUCGUAUCGGUAAGGCUGGGAAGGGUUUCUUCGGCAAGAUUACCAGGAGCGGGAGCACAAACGAGCGGGAGCUCGUGAAUGACGACAAUUAUGUUUGCUCAGUCAUCAAUCUGCCACUCAUACAACAGGCAAGGCGGACUCGUAUCGCAAAGCGACUUGAAGAUUGUAGAGACAAAACCGAGUUCUGGAUGCCUGCUCUGCCUUACCGCUGCGUCGACUACCUCAAUUUCAAGGGAUGUGAAGAAGAGGGACUCUACCGAGUCCCGGGAAGUGGGAAAGAGGUGAAACACUGGCAAAGACGUUUCGAUACAGAACUUGACAUCAACCUUUUCGAUGUGCCAGACCUCUAUGAUAUUAACACUAUUGGCUCGAUGUUCAAGGCCUGGCUUCGUGAAUUGCCAGAUGAGCUCUUCCCCAAGGAGACACAAGCCUUAAUCGCUGAGAAAUGCGAGGGUGCAACGACCGCGCCACAAAUGCUGAAAGAUGAACUUUCCAAGUUACCGCCUUAUAACUAUUACCUUCUUUUCGCCAUCACCUGUCACCUAAACCUCCUGCACUCCUAUGUUGACCAGAACAAAAUGGACUACCGCAACCUUUGCAUUUGCUUCCAGCCUUGCAUGAAGAUUGAUGCAUUCUGCUUCCACUUCCUGGUCUGCGACUGGAAGAACUGCUGGCAAGGCUGCUGGACAGAGAAAGAAUAUCUUCAAAUUGAGAAGGAAAUGGAUGAAAAGGAAAAGGCGGCCCAGGAGAAGGAUGAAGCAGUCCACGAUUGUCAGCAAGUCCAACAACCUCAGCAAAUACAGCAAAUUCAGCAAUUCCAGCAACACCAGCAACCUCAUCAAACUCAAGAGAGCCACGAGAGGGCUGUCUCUUCCGGUAGCAGCCAACCUGGACAGGAAGAAGAGCCACCGCGCCCCGAAGUACCGAAGAACCGCAAGCAGAGACCAAAGAACAUUGAGACCUCGCAUACGAGAAGCAUAUCACAGCUUCCCGAACUCGGCCCCCCACUUUCCCCGAUCCAGAUCUAA